UUUCGGCAGUGUGGAUUUGUUUUGAUUAGUACACACGAAGACUUGGACAAAUUAUAAAUUUAAAUACGCACGAUGAAGAGAGUAUUCCAUUUGUCUGAUAAGACUCAUGGUCAUGGUACAAUACAGUUUUGUUGGCAGAAAACACUAGGUAACUACUUGGCUACCACUGGUAGUAAUCAUAUUGCCAACAUCUAUGAUAGACAUGGAGAACUAAAAGAUGAAAUCAAUUUACCAGGAAACUCAACUGGUAUGGGCUGGGACCGUGAUGGUGAUACCCUGGCAAUUACCAAUGAUAAGAACAGUGUGAUUAUAUUAUGGGAUGCUAACACACAUAAAACUUCCCAUUUAGACAGUGGCAUGAAAGACACACUGUCAUACUUAUUAUGGUCCAAGGUUGGACGUCAGUUAGCAGUUGGUACAACCAAAGGCAAUCUACUUAUUUAUAAUCAUCAAACUUCAAGGAAAGUUCCAAUACUUGGCAAACAUACUAAGAAGAUAACUUGUGGAGCUUGGAGUUCUCAGAACUUACUGGCUUUAGGUAGUGAAGAUAAAACUAUUACUAUCAGCAAUGCAGAUGGUGAUACUAUCAGACAGACAUCUGUGAGAAUGGAGCCAUCUGAAAUACAAUUUUCUGAGAUGAAAACAGAUGAACGCAGUGCUGCAGGUGAAAACACUGUUAGUAUAUGUGUUGGAAAGAAGACUUUGUUCCUGUAUAAUUUGAAUGAUCCUGAUAAUCCAAUAGAACUAGCGUUUCAACAACGAUAUGGACACAUUAUAGCCUAUAAAUGGUAUGGUGAUGGUUAUGUAAUGAUAGGAUUCUCUCAUGGAUAUUUUAUUGUUAUAUCAACGCAUAUCAAAGAGAUUGGACAGGAGUUGUUUCAAGCUAGAAAUCACAAGGACAGUUUGACUUCAGUAGCUGUAUCAUUAUCACUCAACAAAGCUGCGUCUUGCGGUGAUAACUGUAUCAAGAUACAUGACUUGUCUGAAAUGAAAGAGAUGUAUGCUAUUAUUACAAUGGAGGAUGAAACAAAAGGUCUUGGUAAGCUUGAAUGGACUGAUGAUGGUCAGUUACUUGCAGUCAGCACACAGCGUGGAUCUCUGCAUACUUAUCUCACUAAACUACCAGUUUUAGGAGAUGCUUUUGGUACCAGAAUUGCAUAUCUUACAUCAUUACUGGAAGUCACUGUGGUCAAUCAUGUUGAACAGGAGCAAUCAGUUACCAUUGGGAUAGAAGUUGAACCAGCUUUUGUGGCGCUGGGUCCUUACCAUCUGGCUGCUGGUAUGAACAAUAGAGCUUGGUUUUACCUGUUGGGAGACAAAGGACCUGAAGUGCUCAAGGAUAAAGAGUAUCUUGGUACCAUUAAUAGUAUGUCACUGAAUUCUGAUUAUGCUGCAGUGUUCUUUGAAAAUAAAAUACAGCUGCAUUUGAUUGAGGGUGAGGGUGGUGAUGGUACAACUGCAGAGGAGCGCGAAACCAGGCUUUUUCCAGACUCUGAUAAAGAGAGUAGAAUUAUGUGUUGUGCACUCACUGCUGAUUUUCUUAUAUAUGGAACAGAUAAUGGCGGGUUAUACUACUUCUUCAUUGAAGACUGGCAGUUUGUAAAUGAAUUUCGUCAUGUAGUUGGACUACGUAAAGUCUAUCCUGACCAUACUGGUACACGGAUGGUAUUUGUUGAUGAUAAAAGUGAUGGUUAUGUCUACAAUCCAGUAAAUGAUGCAGUUUUAGAGAUUCCUAACUUUUCACCAACUGUGAAGGGAAUAUUAUGGGAGAAUUGGCCGCUAGAUAGAGGUAUAUUCAUAGCAUAUGAUGAUGAUAAAGUCUAUACUUAUGUGUAUUGUAGAGAAACUGUUGGAGGUCCCAAAGUAAUGUUGGCAGGAACCACUAAACUACCCUUUGCCCAGUAUCCAAUUAUGUUACAUAAUGGGGAAGUGACGUGUCAAACACAGAGUGGUAAAACUACAAGUUUAAUGUUAUCAACUCAUAACUUCCAUGAAAAACCAUCAGAAUUACCACAGUCAGAGCUGAGGUCAGCACUGCAGCAGUGUCUUGUUUUGAAGAGAUUCAAAGAAGCAUGGGUGUUGUGUCAUUUCUUAAACAGUAAAGAGAGUUGGCUAGACCUGGCAAAAGCCACAAUACAACACAUGGAAGUGGACUUUGCAAUCCGGGUUUACAGACAUAUAGGUGAAGCUGGUAUGGUCCUCUCGCUUCAGAAAAUAAGGGGUGUGGAAGAUAACAAUUUGUUAGCUGGAUAUUUAGCAAUGUUCAUGGAAGACUUUAAUCUGGGACAGGAUUUAUUUCUUGCAUCAAGUAAUCCUAUGGCUGCUCUUGAGAUGAGGAGAGAUUUAUUACAUUGGGACCAAGCUCUUCAGUUAGCCAAGGCAUUGGCACCAGAUCAAAUACCAUACAUCUCAAAAGAAUAUGCACAACAAUUGGAGUUUGUUGGUGAUUAUGGCAAUGCCCUGAUUCACUAUGAGAAAGGUGUCACACGAGCUGAAAAUCAACAUGAACAUGAUGAAGCAUGCGCUGCUGGUAUUGCUAGAAUGGCAAUUAGAAUGGGUGACAUCAGACGUGGUGUUAACAUGGCACUAAAGAUGCCAAACCGAAUGCUAAAGAAAGAGUGUGCUGCCAUCUUAGAAAACAUGAAGCAGUACUCAGAAUCUGCCAUGCUGUAUGAGAAGGGAGGAUAUUAUGAUAAAGCUGCUGCAGUCUACAUAAGAAGCAAAAACUGGACCAAAGUUGGAGAGUUAUUACCUCAGGUGUCUUCUCCUAAGAUACAUGCACAGUAUGCUAAAGCUAAAGAAGCUGAUGGUAGAUACAAAGAAGCAGCAUUGGCCUAUGAAAAUGCUAAAGAGUUUGACAAUGUUAUAAGAAUCCAGCUUGAUUAUCUAAACAAUCCAGAAGAGGCUGUUAAAAUUGUGAGAGAGACCCAGUCAAUUGAAGGAGCUAAAAUGGUUGCCAGAUUUUUCCAGAAACUGAAUGACUUCAGUUCUGCUAUUCAGUUCUUAGUAAUGUCCAAAUGUAAUGAUGAGGCAUUCCAAAUGGCACAGCAACAUGGACAAAUGGAAGUUUAUGCAGAGAUUAUUGGGCCAGACGCAACCUCUGAGGAUUAUCAGAGUAUAGCUUUAUAUUUUGAAAAUCAAAAGAACCAUUUCUUAGCUGGUAAAUUCUUUCUGUUGUGUUGCCAAUAUCCGAAAGCUUUGAAGCACUUCCUGAAAUGUCCUGUGACCAAUGAUGACAGCCAGGCUAUUGAAAUGGCCAUUGAAACUGUUGGUGAAGCCAAUGAUGAUCAGUUGACUCAUCAGUUGAUAGACUAUCUUAUGGGAGAGGUUGAUAACAUGCCUAAAGAUGCCAAGUAUCUAUUCAGAUUAUACAUGGCUCUGAAACAAUAUCGAGAAGCAGCUAGAACAGCUAUUAUCAUUGCAAGAGAAGAACAGAAUGCUGGUAACUAUAGGAACGCUCAUGAUGUAUUAUUUAGUAUGUAUACUGAACUGAAAGCACAUAAAAUAAAGAUACCAGCCGAGAUGGCCAAUAAUUUGAUGAUCCUACAUAGUUAUAUCUUAGUAAAGAUACAUGUGAAGAGAGGUGAUCAUUUGAAAGGUGCAAGAAUGCUGAUCAGAGUUGCAAAUAAUAUUAGUAAAUUUCCAUCACAUAUUGUACCUAUACUGACAUCCACUGUCAUUGAGUGUCAUAGAUCAGGAUUACGUAACUCUUCAUUCAGUUAUGCUGCUAUGUUAAUGAGGCCAGAAUAUAGGAAUAAAAUUGAUUUGAAGUAUAAGAAAAAAAUUGAAGCUAUUGUCAGAAAGCCUGACAAAACUGAAGAGGAUGAACCCAACUCAGCGUGUCCAUACUGUAAAUUCCAACUACCAGAGACUGAACUUGUAUGUCCUGAAUGCAAGAAUAACAUUCCGUACUGCAUUGCUACUGGUCGUCAUUUACUGAGAGAUGACUUUACUUCAUGUCCUAGAUGUGAUUUUCCAGCUCUACACUCUGAAUUCAAAAAGUUAUUGGAUACAGAAGAAAACUGCCCCAUGUGUUCUGACCGAGUAUCUGCGGAGCAUUUAAAAAUGAUUAAUGAUCCAUCCUUGUAUUUGCAUCCUGAUGUUGGAGAUGAUUAGAUAGAUACAUAGAUCCAUCAAAAAUAUCAAUUAUUUUUUAUUUAAUGAGGGGAAAUUCAUUAUGCAACAACUAUUGUCCUAUCUGAGAUUGGAUCUUCAAUCUCUUUUAUAUUCACUGGGAAUUGCUAGAUACAAAUGAUGGGACAUGAUGCUCAUUUUUUUUUC